UCCUGCAUGUUCAAAAAUUUGUACAGAGACGUUCUCCAAAAUCGAUUAGAAGUUUAUUAUCAGAUGUAAAAAGGAGUAACAAAGCUUUGGGUUGUCAGACGAUCUCCUCACUCCACCACAAGCCAACAACCCAAAUUAUUCAAAAACACACAUAUUUAUUCAAUAUUUGACGUCGUUCCCAUCUUCUGACUCCUCCUUUGCCUUUUAAGGAGUGCUGCUCCCUUUCCACCAAUCACCGUGCACCACGUAUAUCUGACUCCAUCCUUCUGUUUGGUUCCUGCAAAACAACAUCUUUUGCAACGCAUCCCUUGCAACCUGCGGUCAGCUGCCAGCCCCAGGAAGUGCUCCCCAGAGACAGCUCCAUGCAGCAAGACAACAUAUCAACAUACUUUCAGCAAAAAACACUCAAUCAUCCAAUGCUUCAAUUAUGCUGAGUUGUUUCUCAAUCCCAUGAUUCAACAAAACACAUCAAAACUCAUGAUUAUACUUAAAACAUAUGCAAUGGAUUAAUUCAUAACUCUUUGGGUGUGUGUGUUGUUAGUUAGUUAGACUUGUCAAAACGAGCUGUUCUAUUUCUGCAAGUACACACCGAGCUUGUUCCUCUUUUGUGGUUUCGCUCGGCUUGUCACUGUUCUGUUUUUAUCACAGCACUUUUCCACUGAGCAAAACAGCAAGCACAUUAGAUAAAAACACACAGCUUAAUGAUUUAAUGAAAGAAAACACUUAUUGAUUAUAUUGGUAAUUAAAUCAUACUUCUAACUGAAUAAUAUUUCCACACCAGUCAUGUUUUUUCCAAGGCAUUUUUAUUGACCCUGGGAUACUGAUAUUACAGUUGUCACCUAACUGGAGACUCAAUCAGGUGCAAAAGAUGUCGCGAAAGACACCUCCAGGCUAUUCCGUUGGGUCGUUUCUUCAGUCACAGAUACUGCACGGAGUCUCCCACCCAAAACGGCUAAGUUUUUCUAUGAAUCUUGCUCUGUUGAACGGAAAAAGGGAUUUUAUGUAGACCAUACUGGCUAACGCCAUGCAUUUUCAAUGAAGGGGAAAAGAAUGCUUUCCCCCAGGCCACGCCCCCAGCUAUGACACGACACCGACCAAGUCUAUAAAAGUUUAUGCCAAUGGAUUUUCUUGAAAUGUUUACAGUACUUCCUGGUUGCACCUGUAGUGUUAGUUGAAGUUGAGAGAUAAUGUGAUGACAUCACUGAUGGCAUUUUUUGUACCUCUGUUGUUCUGUGUCUGUAAAUCUAGCAUCAUCCUGCAGGCGAGACGUACUUGGCUUUACAUGCUACACAGAGCUGGAACCUUCUGUUUCACUCCUAAUGAAGAGCUUCUAAGAGAGAUCCAAAGUCUUCUUCAAAUCCACCAGUUAAAAUCAAAGAAUGUCAAGCACAAGUUUAACUGGAAUUCCUGUGGGCCGUCUGACUGGUUUAGUGGCUAUUGCCGCUCUCGUCUCUCUGAUCCUCUUGUAUUUCUGGACUUCACCUCUGACCAGCUGUCCACCUCGACUACCUCAAUUCAAACAACACUCAGAUGGACACCAUGAAGAGAUGAACAACUCGAUUGCUGAUGAAACAGUGGAGAAACCUGUACUUUUAUUAUGGGUCUGGCCUGAAAAUUACAGAUUUGAUCUGAGUGACUGUAAAACUCUUUACAAUAUUGACGGCUGUCACCUGACGGACGAUAGAGCUCUCUACAGCAGUUCAGACGCUGUGCUUGUUUUUCACAGGGCUAUUAGUUGGGACCUGUCCACCCUUCCACCAUCUCCUCGUCCCCCGUUCCAAAAGUGGAUCUGGCUUAAUGUAGAAUCGCCAACAAACACGCAGAAAAUUCCAGGGAUAGAAAACCUCUUUAAUCUGACUCUCAGUUAUAGAGAGGACGCUGACAUUCCUGUGCGGCUGAGACUGACCAGCAACAAAACUCCAAAUGAGGAUUUUACAAUUCCCAAAAAGGACAAACUGGUCUGUUGGAUCGUAAGUAACAAUGCUGCCCAUACAGGUGUCGGCAAGAGGAACACUUACUACAGUGAACUUAAAAAGUACAUCACUGUGCACAUGUUUGGAAGCGCUUAUGCUGGGAGAUACAUUUGUGUGUCACAGUUUUUAUACCUCUCCUAG